AUGGAGAACUACCUGGAGGAGAUGGACUUCAGCCAAUAUGACCUGAUCAUCAUCAUCGCUUCUGAGCAGUUCAGUUCGAAUCAUGUGAAGCUGGCCAAAGCCAUGCAGAGCAUGAGAAGGAGGUUCUAUGUCGUCUGGACAAAGCUGGACAGGGACCUCGACACAAGUGCCCUCCCAGAACCCCAGCUACGGGAGAACAUCAUAAAGAACAUCCAGGAAAACCUCCAGAAGGAGGGGGUGGAGAAGCCCCCCAUAUUCCUAGUAUCCAACUUUAGUCCUGAUUCUCACGAUUUCCCUAAGCUUAGAGAAACACUGACAGAAGACCUCCAUAGCAUCAGGUAUAAUGGUCUCUUCCGAACCCUUUUCCUAGUCUGUGAGGAGAUUAUUAGUAAGAAAGUGGAAUUCGUUAAAGGGAUCAUAAAGGAGAAUAAUUUAACGAAACAGUUUAAAAUCUCAGAUCCAAAUAAUCUGGAAGAGUGUCAGAAAGUCUUCCAAGAAAACUUUGGUGUUGAUGACAAAUCUCUCCACCAGGUGGCUCUGAAUAUGAGUCAUCCUCAGGUUAUACAGGAUCACCAACAAGAUGGCCGGACAAUGUCUCUGCUGCACUAUUUGCCCGUUUGAGCUGUUAACUUUGUCCUUUGCUCUUUUGCCUCAACACACAGGCAACAGGCACGUGUACUUGAUGAAGUUGCUGAGAAAACCAAGAUAAUUUUGCAUAAAAUCUUGAAGGACACUCUCCUUCCUUAGGAAGGGCAGGCUAACCAAGGUUCUCUCCCUAGCUUUCUACCCGACAUCUACCCCCAGUUGAAUUUAAAUGCCAUAUGGGUAUCAAGUUCCUUGAGGCUAAUAGGCCGUCUUUCUUGAAUGGCGUCCCCCUCAGCAAACAGCAACAUGGGUUUUGCUUUUUGCCAUUUGUUUAAUUUUAUUUUAACUGAACUGUCUGGGAUCCCAAUAAAGGAGACAUUUCCUUUUUCAAAUUACGCAGAAUUUCACGUCUGACACAUGGUCACCUUGGCACCUAUGACUAAUAUAGUUCCUCUUAGAGGCCUCUUAAUUUUUGCUUCUGUCUUUCCCCUCUUUUCUUCCCUCUCGUGGGAGGUGGAGCAUCCUUUGGGAAUGAGGAAGAGCUUGUUCCUGCCCACUGUCUGAAAACAUGGCUAGUAGAGGCCUGUUCUCUGACCUGUCCACCGAUGUGUAAAGAGAGGGGAUUUAAUUCUGUACCACUGGUCACGGGAUGCACAAAGCGCUGACUGGAAGACUUCUAGGUCCCCACACGACCCCCAGUGGUGUCAAGGAUGUCAUGGCCCCUCAUACUCAAGACACCCACAGUUUCCUAUUGCAUCUGACUUCUUCAUCCAUCCCUAAUUCUUUAGGUCAAACCCCUCUCCAGACACAUGGACCCUUCUCCCUUCCUCACGGAGCUUUCCCAUUUUGCUCAGUUGUGUGAGUGUUUGUGUUUAUUUAAGACAGAUGCUUCUCCGUGUGCUGUUACAUCCCCUUUUCUCAGUCCCCCUCUCAAAGGAUGUCAGAGAGCUGUUGUAGGGCCCAGCUCAGCCAUUCAAACAAUAGAUCCAAGUUCCAGUUAACCUAAAGCAAUACCUGGUAUGGGGAAAGAUCACAAACUGAGACCACUCAGGCACCAUCCAGUUAUGGACCAUCAAAGCACAAAAGAAAUAUCUAAUGUUCCAACCAUUGUAGACGUAGAUUCCAACAUCACCAGAUGUCCCCUAAACCAGCACACACCCAUCCCUUUUUACCAAGACACCCGUAGACAAAUGUCAGCCAAUCAGGGGUCCUGAACCUUAGGAAUCCCCUCACCUCAACCUCUGCUAUGUUAAGAACCCCACCCAAGUUGGUUUUUUUAUGACUCACUGUCCUGUCAGAUGGGUGGAGGGUCCAAGCUGGAGCCGGAAUAAACGCUCUUUGCUUUUUCAUAUGA